AUGGCUUUCUUGACCAACAAAAGAGCCUCCUCCUCCUCUUCCUCCUCCUCUUCUUCUUCCACUCACCAGAGCUAUGACGUUUUCUUAAGCUUUAGAGGUGAAGAUACCCGCUAUGGUUUUACAAGCCAUUUACAUAAAGUUUUAUGUGAUCAAGGUUUUAACACCUUCAUUGAUGAUGACCUUAAGAGAGGAGAAGAAAUUUCAAUAGAACUUCUUAAAAUCAUUGAAUCAUCCACUGUUUCAAUCGUCGUGUUAUCUAAAAACUAUACUUCUUCUACUUGGUGUUUGGAUGAACUUGUCAAGAUUCUUGAGUGUAGUCAAAAGGUUUUCCCUGUUUUUUACAAUAUAGAUCCAUCAGAAGUACGUAAACAAAAGGGUGAGUUUGGAGUAGCUUUAACAAAACAUGAAGAAAUAUUCAAAGAUGAUAUUGACAGGGUGCAGAAUUGGAGGAUAUCACUAAAUAAAGUUGGUAGUUUGUGUGGAAGGCACUAUAAGAAUGGCGUCACUGAAUCUGAAUUUAUCCAAAAAAUUGUUGAAGAUAUACCAAGAACUAUAUUAAAAUGCACGCCAGUAUCUGUUGGCGAACGCCUUGUUGGAGUAAAACCUCGUGCCAAGGCCGUAGAAUUGCUUUUAAGUAUUGAGUUAAAUGAAUUUCGCAUGGUAGUGAUUCAUGGCCUUUCUGGAAUAGGUAAGACUACAAUUGCAAAAGCAAUUUAUAAGAGAAUUGCUAAUCAUUUUGAUAGAAGCAUUUUUUUAGAGAAUGUUAGAGAAACUUCGGAGACAAAGGAUGGCAUUAUCAAACUACAAGGUCAACUUCUUAAAGAGAUUUUAGGGGAUGAAAAUUUGAAAAUUCACAGCAUAUCCGAAGGAAUCAAUUUGAUAAAAAAGGGACUUCGUUGUAAAAAGGUUCUUUUAAUUCUUGAUGAUGUGGAUACAUUGGGAAGAAUAAAAAAUUUGCUUGGAGAUUGUAAUUGGUUUGUUUCAGGAAGUAGAGUCAUUAUAACAACAACAACAAAUCCACAAUUUUUAGCUACUCUUGGAAAAGUUUGUACAACUUAUGAGGCCAAGAAAUUAGAGAACCAUGAAGCUCUUCAACUCUUUGAAAAGCAUGCCUUCCUUGGAAAGAAACCCGAUAAAGAUUAUUCAGAACUUACAAACCAAGUUAUACGAUAUGCCCAAGGCCUUCCAAUAGCUCUUAUAAUAAUAGCUUGUGAUUUGUGUGAAAGAACUAAACAGGCAUGGGAAAUUACAUUAGAUAAGUAUAUGAAAAUUCCCAAUGAAGACAUUCAAAAAGUACUUAGAGUAAGUUAUGAUGGACUAGAGGAAAUAGUACAAGAUAUUUUCCUUGAUAUUGCAUGUUUCUUCAAGGGAUGGAAGAAGGAUUAUGUUGUAAAUAUACUAAAUGCUAGAGAUUCACAUCCAGGUUAUGGUAUUCAAAGACUUGUUGAUAAGUGUCUCAUUAUUGUGGAUCAUGAUAUACUGUUAAUGCAUGACCUGAUACAACAAAUGGGUAGAGAAGUUGUUCGACAAGAAUCACGUAUUCUUGAAAAACGUAGCAGGUUAUGGCAUCAUGAAGAUGGUCUUGAAGUACUACUUGGAAAUAAGGUAUAA